UUAAAACCUGGUUUUCCUCUUUACUCCUUGUAUUAGAUACGUAUUAUACAAAACUCCCUUUUUUCUUGUUCUUGGGGUUGUUCUUUUUCCUUGGAUUAUAUAAGAUGCAUAGAAUGAGAAGCACGUCAAGAGGUCGCCGUAUAUUCUCGGAAGACAGCAGCAGCAGCAAGCGAGGACAAAGGUUUGACAGGCUGAAGAACAGUGAUCCUGACGAUCCUCGUGAUGAGGACGAUCAUGAUCAACCUAUGGGGGCGAAUCCAGCUAACUACGACGUGACCGACCCUCUAAUGGUCUUGGACGACGGUUGUCAGUACGAGCCGUCGACGUCCACGUCACCUUUCGCCAAGUCCCCAUGGUCGCGCCACAUGAAUCCUCUUCCUCCUUCGACGUCGUCCGAUGCCCUACCAAACGCGCUCAUGGGCUCGCUGGUCCGCGAAGAAGGGCAUAUAUACUCACUGGCGGCCUCUGGGGACUUGCUGUAUACCGGGUCUGACAGCAAAAACGUUCGGGUUUGGAAGAACCAGCAAGAGUUCUCGGGUUUCAAAUCGAAUAGCGGGUUGGUUAAAGCGAUAGUCAUUGGAGGGGAGAGGGUCUUUACGGGUCAUCAGGACGGGAAGAUCAGAGUUUGGAAGGUGUCUUCGAGGAAUAGGAGUGUUCACAAGCGUGUAGAGACGCUACCGACUUUGAGGGAUUAUCUCAAGAGCUCGAUGAAGCCCAAGAACUACGUGGAAGUGAGGCGCCACCGUAGCGUGCUGUGGAUCAAGCACUGCGAUGCCAUCUCAUGCCUUAGCUUGAGCGAAGAUGGAUCUUACCUUUAUUCGGCUUCUUGGGACAAAACCUUUAAAGUGUGGCGGAUAUCCGACUCCAAGUGCUUGGAAUCAAUCAAUGCUCACGAAGAUGCUGUGAAUUCAUUGGUUGCGGGUUUUGGUGGCUUGGUAUUCACUGGCUCGGCUGAUGGUACCGUCAAGGUUUGGCGGAGAGAGUUACAAGGGAAAGGAACGAAACAUUUCUUCUCGCAAACGUUGUUAAAGCAAGAGUGCGCGGUGACAACAUUGGCUGUGAACCCUGAGGCCACCUUCGUCUACUCUGGCUCAUCGGACGGGCUUGUUAACUUCUGGGAGCUCGAGAAGGCUCUCUCGCACGGCGGCGCUUUGAGAGGCCAUAAACUGGCAGUGCUAUGCUUAGCCACCGCUGGGAACCUAGUGUUCAGCGGAUCCGCCGACACGGGAAUAUGCGUGUGGAAGAGAACGUCGGAGGGGGAGCACACAUGCUUGUCGGUGUUGACGGGCCACACUGGGCCUGUGAAGUGCUUGGCAGUGGAAAAGGAUCAUCACGAAUCCACGAGCGCCGAGCCGCGAUGGAUUCUGUAUAGUGGCAGUUUGGACAAGUCUGUGAAGAUGUGGAAGGUCUCGGAACAAACGCCGACGAUGUCACACAAUCAAGUCGACCAGAAAGAUAUGCCGACGACUCUGAACUCGAGUACUCCAGCCUCCUCCUCUGGUCGAACGUUGGCCGAGCUCAAAAAGAUAUUAGAUGAAUGAUGUCAUUGUGUGUACGUGUGUGAAUUUGAUCGAUGUCACUCGCUUUUCAUAUUUAAAACUACCUAGCUACCAUCAAAUAGCUUGUUUGCGCAUGGUCAAU